AUGGCUUCUCGGCCGCAGCUUUUCUCCAGCUUGGCUUCUCGACCGCAACAGCCCCGAGAUGCCUACUUCCUGCGCAUGCUGCCUUCUAUAAUGGUUGUUGACAUAGCCAUGGGGCUUUGCCGCUUGGAUCAGUAUAACCUGAUGCAAGUGUCGGCUGCCUUCAGGAUAUGCCUGGAAGAGGAGUUCAACAAGCGCACCCUGACCAAGAUAUCUAGCGAGCAGCAGCUGGAAUAUCUUUUGGCACGCGCCCUGACGCUGCCAGGCCAUUGGGCCUGCGAAGAAUGCAUAGACAUGCACGAGGUAGACCUGCAUGACUUUCCGUCGCACGCCAAAGGCUGUCCCAUCAGCUUCAGGGGGGUGGUUCAGGAUGCGCUGUCUCCCCCCUCCGCCUACAUCUCUGCAAAGUACAACCUCAAGCACCACCACAUACAGCUGGCCCUGAAGUACCACCGCUUGAGCGGCCCCUUGGGGUUGUACAGAAAUCGGCUUCGGCGUCUGCUCACGAAAUACAUUUACAUUCCCGACUUGCGGUUCGCAAACUACCCCAACUUCAGGUUCCACGCUUUCGGUGUCGGCAAGUACAGUUACGAGCCUCGCGUGUCGCACGGCCGAUUCCUUCUCAGCACCAAGCUCGACUUUGUGGCGUACGGACGGAACGUGAGCCACGAUGGCACGCCAGGCUUGUUCAUGUGCCACCACCAGGAAUGGUUUCCGUCCAAAUUGCGAGCUCUGAGACACUUUCAGAUGUUGGUCACCCUGAACUCCCCCCUGACAUAUAGACAAACCACACAGUACCGGUACCUGAGAUGGUUGGCGAGCAACGUCCUAUGGAGAGCCAUGGCCGUACUAGUCAGCCAAAAACUCGCGGUGCUCAACGUGUCCUGUCCGUUUUGCCCGACAGAUAUGCGCGUGACACGCUCCGCCACCGUGGACGGAAAAGUGCAUUAUCAAGCCAUAUCCUGGCACGACUUUGGCAUCGAAGGCACAUUGCCUGAUCCCCGCUGGCGCACAAAGCACUAUGGCCGCGUCAUGACUGAUUUGACCUGUUUCCGACACAACCCACCACCGGGAAGGGUUCGGCAGCUUUGGGAGGAAAGCCAAGCUUGGUGCUUGCCUGCUUGA